GGUACACAUUAGUUAAGUACGGACGGGCGUAGUACGAUGUUGAAAAGUUUCAUCAUUACGGUUAUCGAAGUUGUACCAUAACUUUAGUUCACUAGCCGCAUUUUGAUUCAGUGAUAAACACUUCAUUUCCAUGCGCUUCGGAGUUGUGCGCUUGCUGAUAAUGCGGCAAUAGACAUAUUUAUUGAUAGCAGAUGCGCUGAUAAGCGACGGCAUGAAUUCCCGUUUACCUACUGAUCCUGAACAAAUGAAAAUUGGUGUUUAGUGUGAUCACAGCAACCGAACCAGACGCAAGUUGGCAUGAUAAACAAAUCUACGCUCGGCCUAUUGAUACGCGACGGCUUUUGUGUGUUAUAUAAGUCAAUGUGUUAGAGCUUUUGUGCGCGUAUUACAAUAGCGAAGUGAUAAUUGCAUCCCCCAAAUAGGUGCUCGGUCAACUCGUUGUGCAUAGUUUGAAAGAUCAGUGUUCUAUACUGCAAUGAAGUUGAUCUUUUAAUUGUCAGCUUCUAAACUACAGGAAACCGGUUCCACAAACCUUCGGCUGGGUCGUAUGGUUUUAAUGAUCAACAAUUAGUGUUUUUUGCCGCACAUUCCGAGGAACUAAAGCACCAAAAUUACCGCCAAAGUCAUCACCACAGCUUCAAAAUGUCCCACGACAACGAGGACAACAAGCUGCGAUACCGGAGGACACAAAGCGUGACACGGGCCGAAGAAAUCACCGACAAAGAAAGCAAACAGCGAAAGUCACAACCGGACAAACCAUGUCACCGACCGCGGGAUUCGCUGUUCUCCUGGAGUUCAGGUUUCGACAAUUUCACCGGCCUGGUCAAUUGGGGUUUUCUGCUGCUCACGAUGGGAGGUUUCCGGCUGGUGCUAGAAAACUUUAUCAAAUACGGUAUCCGGGUCGAUCCCGUGCAGUGGUUCGUGGUCCUGACGGGGAAAAACGAAGGCGAAGGUCACCCGUCGCUGUUACUAAUUUUCUAUACGAUAGUUCCUAUAAUGAUUUGUUUAAUAGUAGAAAAAGGCCUGGCGGCGGACAUACUCAUGGAAAGCGCCGGUAUGAUUGUGCACGUGGUCAACAUUGUAGUGCUGGUGCUGAUACCCAUGGUUGUGAUACACGUUAAAGGAGAGACUUUCAGUCUCGUUGGUGCCAUGACAGUUUGUUUCAUCUACUGCAUUAUGUUCCUGAAGAUGUGGAGCUACGUCCAGGUCAAUAUGUGGUGCCGAACUAAGCACAAGAAACGACGCAACCGGUCGGGCCGCCGUCAAAGUGUUUCCAUAGCUCAGCUCCAAAAUGAACGCGAGCACGAGCAGAUACGCAGUAAUGGCAACGGGGUAAUACCGAACAACGAUAAGGACAAUGUACCGACCCUGGUACACUACCCGGACAAUCUGCACUUGAAGGAUUUCUUCUACUUCCUGCUGGCGCCGACGCUUUGCUACGAAUUGAACUUCCCUCGGACGUCGCGAGUCCGGAAACGCUUCCUAAUCAAACGCAUGCUCGAAGUGGUCAUCGGAGUGCACAUCGUGAUGGGACUGUUCCAGCAAUGGAUGAUCCCUUCCGUGCGAAACUCGCUAGUGCCCUUCUCCAACAUGGAUUUGACAAAGACCGCCGAACGGUUGCUGAAGUUGGCGAUACCGAAUCAUCUGAUGUGGCUUUGCUUUUUCUACCUGACAUUCCAUUCUUUCCUGAAUUUAAUGGGAGAACUGCUACAUUUUUCCGAUCGCAAUUUCUACAGCGAUUGGUGGAAUGCAAACAAUAUUGACACUUUUUGGAGGACCUGGAAUAUGCCUGUUCACAAAUGGUGCGUUCGACACCUGUACAUCCCGGUGGUCGAUCUGGGUUACUCCAAAAUGGCUGCCUCAGUGAUAGUAUUCUUCAUCAGUGCCUUCUUUCACGAAUACCUCGUCAGUGUACCACUGAAAACCUUCAAAAUUUGGGCCUUCAUGGGCAUGAUGGCUCAGAUACCGCUUUCGGUUGUGUCGAAACAUAUGGAAAAAAAUUAUGGACCCCGGUGGGGUAACAUUGUCGUGUGGGCAUCCAUCAUCCUGGGUCAACCGUUAGCAAUCAUGAUGUACUACCACGAUUACAUGAUAACUAAUUACAAUGAUGUCCUGGUGUGAUUAUGGUAUUGAAGAAACGACAGAUUAGUUAGUCCUGAUUGAAAUGAAAACAGGCAUGCAUCACCUACUGUCCGAUUCGUUACAUAUCGAAUAAAUGAAAAUAGAGAUCGAAGACAAUCAAAGAGCAUCACAUGUCUUUCUAGCCAUAAAUCACUUGCUAUAUCAUGCAUUUGAUAGAUUAGCCUUUUUGUAUGUUUAUUGUUUUAAUAAAUUUUUUUGUGGAAAUUGGUAA